UUGGAACUCUGUCAGCCGCGGCUGAACGAAAUCUUCAUUCAUAGACGAGAAAACAACGAUUGGAAACUAAAAGUAUAAAAUUUUUAGUAGUGCAGUGAUUAUCUAUUUCAACCCUUAAAAUUAAGUAUAAAUUGACGACGGUUUUCCCCAUUGACUAGUAACUAAUUGUACAACAAUGGCAAACAUACAAAGUGAAAGUGGUGAAAAGACCUUGUCUCAACAGUUUGAUGAGGCUUACACCGAUUUCAAACAUCUAGUGGACGAUGACGACUCAAUCACCUCGUCUACUGCGCAGGACCUUCUCCUCAGAACUAUGAAAACAUUAGAACGUAUCACCGUUGAAGUCUCCUCCUUGGAUUUGUUCAGCAGAAACGAAAAUUUCGAAGAAAUAGAUUCCAGACGUUUAAAAUUCCUCCUCCUCCCAUACAUGCUUGGUACCCUUUGGCAAAUUAGCAUGACAGAGGACCGCAAAAGUAUUUGUGAAAUUAGCCGAGUCUAUUUUAAAGAUUUCCUUAAACGAUGCAUCGAUUACGAAAUCAUUACCCAGUCCGAGUAUAUUAAUUCCCAGGACGAUGAUGACGAUGAUGAAGAAAACACCGUACGAUCGUCCAAAAGAUUGACACCUGACGAAAAACGGCAAAUAAAAAUACGCAAGUAUAAACAGAAUAAGGAACUGGGAGAAGCGCUUGCGGCGUUUCAGAAUUAUGAUUUAAAAUAUGACGAUGACGAUUUUUCCAUAUAUUCAAAAGAAAUUUUUGUCACGCUGAUUAAAUUAGCCAUAAAUAACUCGGAGGACCAGCUAGAAUCUAUCGAAAUGGAAAUGAAUUUGAUAAAAUACCACAAGGAGAACCCAGACAAUAGUGCCCCAUCAACGUCAUCUCCGCGGAAACCCCUCCAACCGUUCAUCAUUACAAAGGACGCAGCACAAAAGGCCGUUUAUGGAAUGGGCUACCCUGCCCUGCCCAUCAUGACCGUGGAGGAAUUAUAUCAACAGCGUCGUGAAACUGGGGAAUGGGGUCCUCCACCCACGGCUGGGACGGCACAUGAUCCUGAAAAGGAUGCCGAACUGGAAGCUCGUGUUAAAGAUUUAUUGGAGGAACAAGACGAUGAAGUUGAACUGGAGAGAAAGCGGAAUUUCGACGAGUACAAGGAUGAGCAUCGCAGGGGAUGGGGAAAUCGUUUCAAUAGGAGUUAAAUAAAUCACAGUAUCAUUUAUCUCGUUAUAUUGGCAAGUUUAAUUAUACAUACAAUAAUGCUAUAUAUGAACGAAUAAUAACCCAAUUUUACGCUAUAAGGGCUUUAUUUUAUAAAUAAAGUGGUAAAAACUAAA